AUGUCUUACCUUGCGCAGCCCAUUGUCGGUGCGACUGGGGAAGUCGGGCUAGAGCUUCCCCACCGCCCUCCGCGCACCUGGAAUCCCUCCGUCUCCGCCGAGCCGCGCGAGCCCUCGGGACCAGCCUCAGAUUGUUUCCCCUCUCCCCGCGACCGCGCGUCUCCCGCGGACGUUGUUCCGCCGCUGCCUGUUCAGCUCCACCGCCACGAGUCCGCGCCGUCCGCGCUUUCCGCCUCCGCCUGGUCCGCUCCGCGCGGAUUUCUCCGCCGCGACGCCUCGGACUUGCGCUGGCAGCAACCCCGCUGGUGGAACGCGCUAACUGCGCUGACUACGCGGAUCCGCUUAACCGCUUUCGCGCGGGAUUUGGCGGAAGGGGAAGCGGAGGAAUCUGAGCAGGAGUUGGGUGCGGUGAAGAUGGGUGAACCGUGGGAUUGGCGGAAGGAAUUCGAGGAGGAGGAGUUAGCUUCGCAGCAAGUCGCGGGGGGUUCCGCGCUCUUGGGACUCGGGUUAGGCGGACUUACUGGCGCAAUCGGCGCAAGCGGCGGAAGCGGCAGAGCUAGCGGUCCACCCGGGCGGAGAAAGUCGUCGUGGCGGGACUUGGCGGAAGCUUUGGCGGAAGCGUCGCGGAAGGUGCAGGAGGAGGUGCGGGAGUUCCGCAGCAGGGGCGGGGCGGCGGGGGAUUUCUUCCGCGUGGGCAGCUGGCUCGCGCUCGCGGGGGCGGGCGGCGGAGAGGCGGACGAAUGGGUGAAGCGCGUGGGAUGCCAGGUGUGCAGUGCGGUAACGGGGAGUGGGAAGGGCACAGGCAGCAGUGGUGGCGCUGCUGAAAGCAGCUCUGGAGUGGAGCUCAUCACUCGCCAGCACACAGCUCAGCCCCCUCUGGGGCUGACUAGACAAGGCGAAACCUCGUGCUAUAACCCCCGCUCCUCCUGCCAUUCCCCAUGCUUGCAGGCGGCAGUGGUGGCGCUGCUGAAAGCGUCCAUGGAACUCAUCACUCGCACCGUCACCACUGCACCUCCUGCUACCGCUGCUACAGAUGCUACAGCCGCUAAAGGAUCGAGUAGAGCGUCAGACGCUCAUGCUACAGCACCUGAGACCGCCCCUGGGACUGCUCCUGCUAUAGCUGCUGUCCCAGACGCCCCCGCUACAACCCACCUCACCCGCCACAGGAGCAGCAGCAGUUACAGCAGUAGCGGAUGUAGCGAAGAAGAAGAGGAGGAUGGGUGGGGGGAGGCGGAGGAGGACGGGGAGGAGGGGCGGGAGAUGGGGAGAGUGAGGGAGAGGGCGGGGGAGAGGGAAGGGUGGGGCAGUGGGGAGGGCGGGGAGGAGGAGGGGCAGGGCAGGGGGGGCGGCAUUGGGGACGGCAGAGGGGGCGGCAGAGGAGCCGAUGCGGGCGGCAGUGACGCAUCCACAUGGGUUCUUUUCAGCCUGGCGCGUCUAUGCGAGCCGCUAGAGAGCUUCAUGCACUAUGAACUAGCGCAGCAGAAGGAGCGCGAGGGGAGGGAGCAGCAGGGGGGCGGAGAGGCGGAUGGGGGGGGCAUGGACGGGUGGUUCUGGGGGAGGGCGUACCCAGGGGCGUUUGAGGCGCUGCUGACGAUGCUGACUGUGCUGCAUCGAUACGCUAUCACUGCCGCCAUCCAGGACGUGCAGCUAUCCGCCAAGGCCUCUGGGCUAGACGACGGCCUACCCCACCCUCAUGCCGCUCUCUCACCCACCGCCACGUCAGCAUCCCUGGUGCCACGUGGCGCGUCGGCAGCUGCACUCAAGGCAGGUGCUGCCAGGCUGGCGGACAGUGACAUGGCGCUGUUCCUGCUGCUGUUCCAGAUCAUCGGCGCCGUGCGCUUCUUCGACCCACCCGAGACUGUUGGCUGCGCCGCGUUCUCAGUUGUGCUGGAGGACCAGAAUGAGAGAGGCAGGGGGGUCAUCGGCGCCGUGCGCUUCUUCGCCCCACCCGAGACUGUUGGCUGCGCCGCGUUCUCUGUGUUGCUGGAGGACCAGGUGGGAGGUGGAGGGUGGUGGCAGGUGGAGGGGCAGGUGGAGGGGCAGGUGGAGGGGCAGGUGGAGGGGCAGGUGGAGGGGCAGGUGGAGGGGCAGGUGGAGGGGCAGGUGGAGGGGCAGGUGGGUGGUAGAGGGGCAGUGAGCAGCGGAGAGACGAUUAAGGCGAUUCCAGGGGCACAGCAGAGGGGCAUGUGGGCAGUGGAGGCACGUGGAGGAUGGAUGAUGUCUACCGCCGCCACGCUGUGCGGUUUUGAGACCACUCAAAGCUACACUUCUUUCACGCUGCGUGCCGAAUUCCUCUCACACUUCGAACUCCCUCUCUUCCGCACCCCCACUUUCCCUCCCAUCCCCCCUCCCACCCAGCUGUGCUUUAUCACUCCCACUCCCCCACUCCCCCACUCUUUCCCUCCACUCACCCCGCUCUCCUCCCUCCACCCCUCCCUCCAGCUGCGCCAUCUGUUCGACCACUUGUUAAGAGCAGCGGACAUUGAUGACGUGUACCGCCACGCCGUGAGAGCGGGGCUGCGCGCCGAGUUCCUCUCGCACUUCGGGCAGCGCGCGGGCGGGCACCUGAACUUUCGCGUGCUGCCCGGCGAGCGCCGCUUCUGGGUGCAGCUGGUGGAGCGGCAGCUGCGGGCAGCUUUGGUUCGGGAGAAAAUUUUCGAGGAGUGGGGGGAGGGGGAGGGGGAGUGGAGAGGCGGGGGGGAGGGGGGAUUCAAGAGCUUGAAAGCUGAGCUGGCGGUUUUUGGAUUCUUUGUGGCUCUUGGGCGGGCGACACGGCUGUUCCUCCAAUCGGAGGGUGCCAGCGAGGCGGAUGAGGGGCUGGCAACAUUGCUGACUUCACCUCGCUCAUCAUUUUUUCCCAGUCUCUUCAAGUCUAGCCCACUGUUUGGUAGCAAGAAGGGCCCUCGCUCGCUUCCCCUCUUCCGUUCUCCCCCCCUCCUAUCCCCCUUCCUGGUCUUUGAUCAAUCGUCUUCACCUUCCCAUGACUUUCUCUGUGCCCAAUCCCAUCCCAACCUCCUCCCCACCCGCCAUUCCCUUCAAGGGCACAAUCACCUUGCUUUCCCUCAACUCUCCACCCAUCUCCCCCCUCCUUCCCCUCCUUCCCAUCCCCCUUUCGCCAUCCCCCCAUCCCCCCAUCUCCCCACCGCCCCCAGCCACUUUGAAGGCGCAAUCAUCUUCACCUUUCCCCAGCUGGACAACAUAUCCAAGUACCAGGGGCUUGUGGAGGUCCUAAGGGAAGAGCUGGCCUGGUUGCCGCUCCUCCCCCCUCUCUCCUCCAAGCGCCACCCUGACCUCGAACCCUCCUCCCUCUCGCCGCGCUCAGCGCAGCGGCAGCGGCACCGGCAGCGGCGGCGGCGGCGCAGAGCGGUGCUGGUGGGUAAGGAGGUGUGCGGCAUGUGGGCGAGGGACUGGGAGCGGCACUCAAGUUGGCUGCUGCAGCAGCCUGACUCGCGAGCCGCUGCUUUUAUGGCCCAGGGCAUGGUUCUUCUGGGGCUGUGCCUGGAGCCAUCAAGCAAGCACCAUGUGGCUGCAGAGGUACCAGGCGUGCUGGUCCCCUCUUCUGACUCUGAUUCUUCCAACGAGGCCGAGAGGCGUUUAGAGGGGUCGAGAGCAGUGGAGAUGGGCGAGAUGGAGGAGGUGGAGAGGGAGGCGAGGGAGAGAGAGGAGGCGCGGAGGUGGCUGGAGAAGGAACUGAGAGGACUCAAGGUCAUGGAGAGGGAACUGAAGGCGCUGAACCAGGACUUUCUGUCUGUGGACGAGAUAGUGGAGAGGCUGAUGAGGGUGGUGGAAGCAGAGAGUGCUGGGCUUAAGGGAGAUGCUCCCUCUCACUCACACUCUCACUCCCACUCACACUCGCGUGCACACUCACACUCUCAUGCGCACUCACACUCACGUUCGGCUGCUGGGAAGGCAGCUGUGCUUGCGAGGGGUGGAGAGGACACAGCAGCAGCAAGAGAAGGGGCAGGGGAAGGAGCAGGGGAGAUGGUCGAGGGAGAGAGGUCAAAGGGAGAGGGAGAAGCAGGAGAGGGAGGAAGAGGGGGUGGAGAUGAAGGGAUUGGGGCAAGGUCGGGAGGAGGAGAUACAUCUGGGCCUAAAGCAGCAGAGAAACACGCUGCACACUUGGUAGCAGCAGGGGCAGGUGGAGGAAAAAGGAAAGCAGCAGGGGCGGGGACGAGUGAGCGAUUGGCGUUGGUGCGAGUGGAGUGGGAGAGGCUGGUUCGGGUGAGGGAGGAGAUCAGAGCACUGGAGAGACGGCUGAAGACAAAAGCAGCUGUUCAGGAAGAGCGGGUGCGACGGCAGCAGGAGGAGGUGGGGGAGAAGGUGAGCCGGCAGAGGAGGCAGGCAGCAGCACGUGAGAUGGAGGAGCGGAUGGAGCAGCAGCAGCAGCAGCAGCAGCAGCAGCAGCAGCAGCAGCAGCAGCAGAAGCAGCAGCAGCAGCAGCAGCAGCAGCAGCAGCAGCAGCAGCAGCAGCAGCAGAAGCAGCAGCAGCAGCAGCAGCAGCAGCAGCAGCAGCAGCAGCAGCAGCAGCAGCAGCAGCAGCAGCAGCAGCAGCAGCAGCAGCAGCAGCAGCAGCAGCAGCAGCAGCAGCAGCAGCAGCAGCAGCAGCAGCAGCAGCAGCAGCAGCAGCAGCAGCAGCAGCAGCAGCAGCAGCAGCAGCAGCAGCAGCAGCAGCAGCAGCAGCAGCAGCAGCAGCAGCAGCAGCAGCAGCAGCAGCAGCAGCAGCAGCAGCAGCAGCAGCAGCAGCAGCAGCAGCAGCAGCAGCAGCAGCAGCAGCAGCAGCAGCAGCAGCAGCAGCAGCAGCAGCAGCAGCAGCAGCAGCAGCAGCAGCAGCAGCAGCAGCAGCAGCAGCAGCAGCAGCAGCAGCAGCAGCAGCAGCAGCAGCAGCAGCAGCAGCAGCAGCAGCAGCAGCAGCAGCAGCAGCAGCAGCAGCAGCAGCAGCAGCAGCAGCAGCAGCAGCAGCAGCAGCAGCAGCAGCAGCAGCAGCAGCAGCAGCAGCAGCAAGCAGCAGCAGCAGCAGCAGCAGCAGCAGCAGCAGCAGCAGCAGCAGCAGCAGCAGCAGCAGCAGCAGCAGCAGCAGCAGCAGCAGCAGCAGCAGCAGCAGCAGCAGCAGCAGCAGCAGCAGCAGCAGCAGCAGCAGCAGCAGCAGCAGCAGCAGCAGCAGCAGCAGCAGCAGCAGCAGCAGCAGCAGCAGCAGCAGCAGCAGCAGCAGCAGCAGCAGCAGCAGCAGCAGCAGCAGCAGCAGCAGCAGCAGCAGCAGCAGCAGCAGCAGCAGCAGCAGCAGCAGCAGCAGCAGCAGCAGCAGCAGCAGCAGCAGCAGCAGCAGCAGCAGCAGCAGCAGCAGCAGCAGCAGCAGCAGCAGCAGCAGCAGCAGCAGCAGCAGCAGCAGCAGCAGCAGCAGCAGCAGCAGCAGCAGCAGCAGCAGCAGCAGCAGCAGCAGCAGCAGCAGCAGCAGCAGCAGCAGCAGCAGCAGCAGCAGCAGCAGCAGCAGCAGCAGCAGCAGCAGCAGCAGCAGCAGCAGCAGCAGCAGCAGCAGCAGCAGCAGCAGCAGCAGCAGCAGCAGCAGCAGCAGCAGCAGCAGCAGCAGCAGCAGCAGCAGCAGCAGCAGCAGCAGCAGCAGCAGCAGCAGCAGCAGCAGCAGCAGCAGCAGCAGCAGCAGCAGCAGCAGCAGCAGCAGCAGCAGCAGCAGCAGCAGCAGCAGCAGCAGCAGCAGCAGCAGCAGCAGCAGCAGCAGCAGCAGCAGCAGCAGCAGCAGCAGCAGCAGCAGCAGCAGCAGCAGCAGCAGCAGCAGCAGCAGCAGCAGCAGCAGCAGCAGCAGCAGCAGCAGCAGCAGCAGCAGCAGCAGCAGCAGCAGCAGCAGCAGCAGCAGCAGCAGCAGCAGCAGCAGCAGCAGCAGCAGCAGCAGCAGCAGCAGCAGCAGCAGCAGCAGCAGCAGCAGCAGCAGCAGCAGCAGCAGCAGCAGCAGCAGCAGCAGCAGCAGCAGCAGCAGCAGCAGCAGCAGCAGCAGCAGCAGCAGCAGCAGCAGCAGCAGCAGCAGCAGCAGCAGCAGCAGCAGCAGCAGCAGCAGCAGCAGCAGCAGCAGCAGCAGCAGCAGCAGCAGCAGCAGCAGCAGCAGCAGCAGCAGCAGCAGCAGCAGCAGCAGCAGCAGCAGCAGCAGCAGCAGCAGCAGAAGCAGCAGCAGCAGCAGCAGCAGCAGCAGCAGCAGCAGCAGCAGCAGCAGCAGCAGCAGCAGCAGCAGCAGCAGCAGCAGCAGCAGCAGCAGCAGCAGCAGCAGCAGCAGCAGCAGCAGCAGCAGCAGCAGCAGCAGCAGCAGCAGCAGCAGCAGCAGCAGCAGCAGCAGCAGCAGCAGCAGCAGCAGCAGCAGCAGCAGCAGCAGCAGCAGCAGCAGCAGCAGAAGCAGCAGCAGCAGCAGCAGCAGCAGCAGCAGCAGCAGCAGCAGCAGCAGCAGAAGCAGCAGCAGCAGCAGCAGCAGCAGCAGCAGCAGAAGCAGCAGCAGCAGCAGCAGCAGCAGCAGCAGCAGCAGCAGCAGCAGCAGCAGCAGCAGCAGCAGCAGCAGCAGCAGCAGCAGCAGCAGCAGCAGCAGCAGCAGCAGCAGCAGCAGCAGCAGCAGCAGCAGCAGCAGCAGCAGCAGCAGCAGCAGCAGCAGCGCAGCAGCAGCAGCAGCAGCAGCAGCAGCAGCAGCAGCAGCAGCAGCAGCAGCAGCAGCAGCAGCAGCAGAAGCAGCAGCAGCAGCAGCAGCAGCAGCAGCAGCAGCAGCAGCAGCAGCAGCAGCAGCAGCAGCAGCAGCAGCAGCAGCAGCAGCAGCAGCAGCAGCAGCAGCAGCAGCAGCAGCAGCAGCAGCAGCAGCAGCAGCAGCAGCAGCAGCAGCAGCAGCAGCAGCAGCAGCAGCAGCAGCAGCAGCAGCAGCAGCAGCAGCAGAAGCAGCAGCAGCAGCAGCAGCAGCAGCAGCAGCAGCAGCAGCAGCAGCAGCAGCAGCAGCAGCAGCAGCAGCAGCAGCAGCAGCAGCAGCAGCAGCAGCAGCAGCAGCAGCAGCAGCAGCAGCAGCAGCAGCAGCAGCAGCAGCAGCAGCAGCAGCAGCAGCAGCAGCAGCAGCAGCAGCAGCAGAGCAGCAGCAGCAGCAGCAGCAGCAGCAGCAGCAGCAGCAGCAGCAGCAGCAGCAGCAGCAGCAGCAGCAGCAGCAGCAGCAGCAGCAGCAGCAGCAGCAGCAGCAGCAGCAGCAGCAGCAGCAGCAGCAGCAGCAGCAGCAGCAGCAGCAGCAGCAGCAGCAGCAGCAGCAGCAGCAGCAGCAGCAGCAGCAGCAGCAGCAGCAGCAGCAGCAGCAGCAGCAGCAGCAGCAGCAGCAGCAGCAGCAGCAGCAGCAGCAGCAGCAGCAGCAGCAGCAGCAGCAGCAGCAGCAGCAGCAGCAGCAGCAGCAGCAGCAGCAGCAGCAGCAGCAGCAGCAGCAGCAGCAGCAGCAGCAGCAGCAGCAGCAGCAGCAGCAGCAGCAGCAGCAGCAGCAGCAGCAGCAGCAGCAGCAGCAGCAGCAGCAGCAGCAGCAGCAGCAGCAGCAGCAGCAGCAGCAGCAGCAGCAGCAGCAGCAGCAGCAGCAGCAGCAGCAGCAGCAGCAGCAGCAGCAGCAGCAGCAGCAGCAGCAGCAGCAGCAGCAGCAGCAGCAGCAGCAGCAGCAGCAGCAGCAGCAGCAGCAGCAGCAGCAGCAGCAGCAGCAGCAGCAGCAGCAGCAGCAGCAGCAGCAGCAGCAGCAGCAGCAGCAGCAGCAGCAGCAGCAGCAGCAGCAGCAGCAGCAGCAGCAGCAGCAGCAGCAGCAGCAGCAGCAGCAGCAGCAGCAGCAGCAGCAGCAGCAGCAGCAGCAGCAGCAGCAGCAGCAGCAGCAGCAGCAGCAGCAGCAGCAGCAGCAGCAGCAGCAGCAGCAGAAGCAGCAGCAGCAGCAGCAGCAGCAGCAGCAGCAGCAGCAGCAGCAGCAGCAGCAGCAGCAGCAGCAGCAGCAGCAGCAGCAGCAGCAGCAGCAGCAGCAGCAGCAGCAGCAGCAGCAGCAGCAGCAGCAGCAGCAGCAGCAGCAGCAGCAGCAGCAGCAGCAGCAGCAGCAGCAGCAGCAGCGCAGCAGCAGCAGCAGCAGCAGCAGCAGCAGCAGCAGCAGCAGCAGCAGCAGCAGCAGCAGCAGCAGCAGCAGCAGCAGCAGCAGCAGCAGCAGCAGCAGCAGCAGCAGCAGCAGCAGCAGCAGCAGCAGCAGCAGCAGCAGCAGCAGCAGCAGCAGCAGCAGCAGCAGCAGCAGCAGCAGCAGCAGCAGCAGCAGCAGCAGCAGCAGCAGCAGCAGCAGCAGCAGCAGCAGCAGCAGCAGCAGCAGCAGCAGCAGCAGCAGCAGCAGCAGCAGCAGCAGCAGCAGCAGCAGCAGCAGCAGCAGCAGCAGCAGCAGCAGCAGCAGCAGCAGCAGCAGCAGCAGCAGCAGCAGCAGCAGCAGCAGCAGCAGCAGCAGCAGCAGCAGCAGCAGCAGCAGCAGCAGCAGCAGCAGCAGCAGCAGCAGCAGCAGCAGCAGCAGCAGCAGCAGCAGCAGCAGCAGCAGCAGCAGCAGCAGCAGCAGCAGCAGCAGCAGCAGCAGCAGCAGCAGCAGCAGCAGCAGCAGCAGCAGCAGCAGCAGCAGCAGCAGCAGCAGCAGCAGCAGCAGCAGCAGCAGCAGCAGCAGCAGCAGCAGCAGCAGCAGCAGCAGCAGCAGCAGCAGCAGCAGCAGCAGCCACAGCAGCAGCAGCAGCAGCAGCAGCAGCAGCAGCAGCAGCAGCAGCAGCACAGCAGCAGCAGCAGCAGCAGCAGCAGCAGCAGCAGCAGCAGCAGCAGCAGCAGCAGCAGCAGCAGCAGCAGCAGCAGCAGCAGCAGCAGCAGCAGCAGCAGCAGCAGCAGCAGCAGCAGCAGCAGCAGCAGAAGCAGCAGCAGCAGCAGCAGCAGCAGCAGCAGCAGCAGCAGCAGCAGCAGCAGCAGCAGCAGCAGCAGCAGCAGCAGCAGCAGCAGCAGCAGCAGCAGCAGCAGCAGCAGCAGCAGCAGCAGCAGCAGCAGCAGCAGCAGAAGCAGCAGCAGCAGCAGCAGCAGCAGCAGCAGCAGCAGCAGCAGCAGCAGCAGCAGCAGCAGCAGCAGCAGCAGCAGCAGCAGCAGCAGAAGCAGCAGCAGCAGCAGCAGCAGCAGCAGCAGCAGCAGCAGCAGCAGCAGCAGCAGCAGCAGCAGCAGCAGCAGCAGCAGCAGCAGCAGCAGCAGCAGCAGCAGCAGCAGCAGCAGCAGCAGCAGCAGCAGCAGCAGCAGCAGCAGCAGCAGCAGCAGCAGCAGCAGCAGCAGCAGCAGCAGCAGCAGCAGCAGCAGCAGCAGCAGCAGCAGCAGCAGCAGCAGCAGCAGCAGCAGCAGCAGCAGCAGCAGCAGCAGCAGCAGCAGCAGCAGCAGCAGCAGCAGCAGCAGCAGCAGCAGCAGCAGCAGCAGCAGCAGCAGCAGCAGCAGCAGCAGCAGCAGCAGCAGCAGCAGCAGCAGCAGCAGCAGCAGCAGCAGCAGCAGCAGCAGCAGCAGCAGCAGCAGCACCCGAGGAGUCAUAGCAUGGGUUUCCUGGGCACACUCGGUGAUUUCUUCUCCUUCUCUCCCUCCCCCAAUCCUUCUAACUCCAACGCCAACGCCAACACCAGCACCACUACCAGCAGCACCACCACCACUGACACCACAGCCACUAUCGCCUCUAUAGUUGGUGGUGCUUAUGAUGACCCUCCCGCUCCCCACUACUCCUCCCUCCACAAGAGCCAAUCGUCUCACGACACGUCAGCGCUCGCUGACUCACCCUUCCCCUCCUACCUCACCUCCGCCUUCCUCUCUACCAACCCUCCCGCUCCCUCUGCUGCCGCCACUGCUGCCGCUCCCUCUGCUGCCGCCACUGCUGCUGCUGCCCCUGCCGCCCCAGCCGCCCGCUCCGGCCGCAGUUUUUUCUUCCAGCUGCCCGGACAAGCUGCCCGGGAAGACUCAUCGCUUCUUUCCAGAGCGGAGGAGGAUGCAGAUGGGGAGGAGGAGCGGGGGGACGGUGCGGCAGAUGCAGAUGCAGGGGCGGGGUACGGGUAUGGGGCUGGGGAUGGGAGGCAUGCGGCAGCGACCAUGGGAGGGCUGGGAGCAGAGGCGAGUAGGCUGCAGCAGCUGAAGGUGGAGUUAAGGGAGCUCGAGGCGAGACUGCUGCGGAGAGGUGCUGACAUUGGUGCCGGUGCUGGUGCUGGUGCUGGUGUUGGUGUUGGUGCUCUUGCUGGUAGGGAAGCAAAGGUGGGUGGCGGUGGUAGUGGUGGCGGUCCUGCCACUUCUGCUGCUCCUACUGCUGCCGGUGCUGCUGCUGGUGCUGCUGCUGGCACGUCAGCAGCAGCAUCUCCCUCCAUGGAGCGGGAGACGCCCACCCAAACGUCCCCUCCCAAGGCACCGUCCAUCUUCGACCGCCUCUUUGACUCCUCCUCCUGGACCCUCCCCUCCUCUGCCUCCUCCUCCUCCGCUGCUGCUGGGGGUGGUUCUGCUGCUGCUGCUGCUGCUGCUGCCGCUGCUGCUGGUGGUGUUGCUCCUGCUGGUGCCGCUGCUGGUGGUGGUGCUGCAGCUGCUGCCGCUCCUGGUGACACAUGGAGUGUGGGAGGGGGGAGGGGAGGACGGGACGGCAGCAGCAGUGGGGGGUUGGACGAGUGGGAGGGGAGUGAUGUGACGAGCCGGGCAGGGGAGGGGGAGAGGCAGGAGAAGAGCGUUAUUGACCAAUCGCUGGAGCACAUUCGAGAAGGCGGAGCGGACGCGUGGCGUGGCACGCAGCUGCUGAGCACAGACGUGGCAGUGGCAAUGAAGAUGCUGCAGCGGGCAGCGCUCGGGCAGCCCCUGACUGACCGGGAGGCGAAAGUUUUGAAGCGCACGCUGACUGACGUUGCAUCGGUGAUUCCCAUCGGCGUGCUCAUGCUCAUCCCGAUGACGCCUGUGGGGCAUGCAGCAGUACUAGCAGCCAUUCAGAGAUACGCCCCUCACCUAUUCCCCAGCUCAUACAACGAGGAUCGCCUUGAUGCAGCCCGCCGCCUCGAGCAGGUGCGCUCAUUCGCUUCUCUCCGCAACGCAGCAGCAGCAGCUGCCGCCACCGCCACCGCAUCCUCCUCCCACUCCCCAUCUCGUGCCGCGACACCUGGCGGCACCGGAUUGGCUGGGAUGAUCUCCGCUGCUGUCGCUGGUGCUACGAAUGCCGGCAGUGCUGCUGCCGGCAGGUCACCCCAUGCCGUUCCUCCUCUGUCUGCCUCUGCUGCUGCGGCAAUUUUGGCGCGAGAAGCGCAACCGGAAGCCAUAGUUCGGGUGCCGAAACAGCCUGAAGAGGUUGAGUCGCCUCCAGGCACACCGCCGAAUGAGGUGGAGCUUAAUGAUGGGGAGGAGGGGCAGGCUAUGAAGGUAAUGAAGCGGACUGCUGCACUUGAUGCAGAGUGUUCACUUCAGCAGCUUGAUUAA